CCACCCCUUCUAGGAGAUGGAGAGGCGCUGGGAGGGACUCCACACUCUGAACCCUCUAUUUGUCAGUCUCUGGGCUCCAUUAUGGGCACCACCAGCAACGAGCCGCCGCUAAUGAAAUUCAUACCCUUUGGGCCGAAAAGAGAGCUGAAAAACUACGCCGAUCCUGAUGUUCUGCGUCACACCUUUGAGACUCUGGCCAACCUCCACAAUCUGCUUCCGAAUCGCAUGAUGGAGAUGCUGUAUUCCUACAAGAGCGACCAGGACAAAACGAAAUGUGAGGCAGCUGACAUGUCCAGCUUGGAAGGGAUCUUAGAAAGACACCAGUUCCCACCGGAGAUUAACCUGACCCCGAAGCCAAGCAGAAAGCUCUCACAGAAAGGAAAAGCCACGGGCACUGUGAGCGAAGGGUGGAAGAAAUGCCCGUCGUGGCAGAGAAGCUCCAAGGAACCGCCCCUGGGCACCGUGGUGGUCAGGUGGCUGAAGAAGAUCAUGCAGCCCGCCCAGGAUCUUGCAUCAGUGACACAGCAGCUGGCGAUGUUCGGCCCCAUCCAGGCGGUCACUGCCUGUGGAAAACAAAGUGCCAUCGUGGUGUUCGGGGACGUAAGCUCAGCUUGCAGAGCUGUGAGCGCUUUCCACAACAAGGCCCUCGGCACCGAGCUCCAGUGCUCCUGGCAGCAGCCAUUCAUGGCAAAGGAUGUAAGAUUUUCUAUCAGAUUCUUCUAG